AUGAUGGGAGAUUACUUUUCGGACGUCAGUAUUGACGACACUGACAUCAAUGAAGACACUUCGAAUAUUUGGGAUAUUUCAAACAUUUCUAUACCUGAUUCGCCAGACGAAAGGACCUUCAGUGUAAUUCCAAAGACCCGAUCACCUAUCUCUGGAAGAUCAAACACUGGAGAAGAAAAGGAUGGAAAUUUGAAAACGACCCCUAUAUUGAAGUACUACAAAAUACUUGGACCUCCGCGGAUUUCAGCUGGCCAAAGAAAAUUCGACAUAGGAAUCCACGUUACAGAUAAUGGUUAUUCAGAUAAUGACGCGUCCACCAGAGUUGAACCGGUUCAGCAGAACGAACCCUUUUCUCCAUCAUCUGCAAAGACUCGUCAAACUUCGCAGAAAAAUUUGAGAAGAAUACUCACACAAGAAGUACUUUCUGAAUUUGACAAGAUCCCGGAGGAAGAGGAAUGCACACCGAAUGAGAGCGUGACCCAUGUGCCCAUUAUCAGUACGCCUACAAAAGACUUAAGCGACACACUGACAUCGUUUAAGGGUAUCAGGUUACUUGGUAUGUCCAUAGAGUGA